GCCACGCAUCUUUCUUCUCUCCCUCACGAGUUUUCUGCAGAAAAAAGGAAAAAUAAACGGAACAACAAACAACGCUUCUCUUCUCUUUCGAUUGGAACAACAACAACGUUAAUUCCCACUCUCAGUUUCUCUCUUCUAUGAUAACAACCAUGGAGUUUCGUUCUUAUCAUCAUCUCUCUUGCGAAGUGAACGACAACAACAACGAUUCGGCCUCACUCUUGCUCUUUGUUAAACGCACUCGUCUCUCUCGCCGAAACAACAACAAUCAUAGCAAAAACCUCUCUCUCGAUUUCUCACGGCAGGGCAUGUGGAAGAGUUUUUUAGAGGUUCUUCCCAACAAGAACAAACCUUAUUCUGAUUUCACUCACGAACCCAGUUUUUGUUCUAAGCAGAGAACUAUGAUUAUAACAACAAUAAUAUUGAGUAAGAGUUGGAUUGACUUACCUACGGCAAGGAGAUUCUUCCCGGUUUUGAUGUUGAGUGAUGAAGUGCUAUAGAAACGGUUCGGCCUUCAUCGGAAUUGCAGUGGAGGGGCUGUUUGUUGAACCACUAAGGGUAUGCUUCAAUUCUCCUCUUUGAGUGUGUUAAGAAUUCUGGAAAAUCAUUCUUGAAUUAUUACCAACAGUUUUGAAAUUGUUGAUUGUAACAAUUUUUCUCUAACAACUUUGCUUUUUUUUUUUGUAGGCUUUUGAUGAAGAUGGCCACCACCUCUCUUUUUGGAUUUAUGGGAUACUUGAAGUUCAACUUCAAGUGGUUGGAAGCUUGAAGAUGAAGAUCUUCAAGUAAGUUAUGUAGAACUACCUUCUCCUCCUUCCUUACUUUGGAACUAAGAAACUUUACAAUUUAUGAGAGAAGUGAGAAAGCAAGUAGUUAAGGUUGCUUUGGUGUGUUUUGCUUCAAAGAGAGAGCUUCCUAUUUAUAGGCAAAGUUUAGGGAUGUGUUAGGAAUUAAGAAACUUGAUUGGGAGGUUAUUGUCAUCUCAAGAAUGAGAAUAAGAAUAAGAAUAUAUUCUUCAUCAUUGCAAGAUAAGAAUAGGAAUAAGAAUAUUCUUAUAUUCCUUAUGUCAUUAUCCUUGUGACAAAUAAGCCAUGUGGGUAAAUUUUUAUGUCAUUUUAUGAUAUCUCUAAGUUGCAUAAUUUUAUGACAUAAAAAUCUUUCUUUGACAUUCUUUGACUUUUGCUAAUUUCACCCCUCUUUUGUUUUCUUUUUCAUGUCACAUGAGAACUCUUGAAGAAAGAAUGAAGAAUCUUGAACUUGAAGAAUGAAGACUUUGAAGAUUGAAGAAUUCAAGAAAGCAUUGCAUUUUCUUUUAUUCUUUGUAAUCCAAAUUUAUUCCACUUUAGAAUUGUAUGAACUUGUAUUCUUGAAAGUGAAUAGAAUUUGAAAGUUGUAAUAUAUUUGAACCUUGAAUUAGACUUGAAAUGUUGUAAUCUUGAAUUUUGGACAAAGUCUCUAUUGUAAUUCAUUUGAAAAUUGGAGCUUUUUCAUGUAAAGAAU